CCCACCAACCAACUACACACCAAACACAAACACAAAGACAAACACGCACUCUCAGCGGUAGCAACAAGAAGCGCAACGAUCGACAUGAGUUCCGCGGAGUUUGUCGAGGAGCGCGUCGCCUUCGCGGCCGAUCCGAAGAAAGAAAACCGGUUCCUCCCCCGGAUUUCCGUCACCAAGACGGUCGGCAUGGGAAGCACCGGGACCUCGGGGAACGUCGAGAAGAGUUUCCGGCCCUUCGAGACGGAGGACGUCUCCCGGGUCCUCGACUUUGAAAACGUCCCGGACCCGCCCCCCGACGGCCCGCUGAUGCACUGCGAAAACGAAACGGACUUUCCGAGCCGCCACUUCGCCCUGCGCGGCGGAUUCCUCCUGUACUUCGGCCUGGGGGACGUCAGCGGAACGGGAAGGUCCCACUACGUCACCUACCACGGGCCACCCAAGGGGGUCAUCCCCCUCGACAAGGUGAAGAUCGAGCUCCCGCCCGGUGGACGCCGCGUCUUUCGCGAACACUCCCAGACCAAUGCCAGGACGGGCUACGAGCUGGCCAUUCUGCACAACGAACGGCCGCCGGCCUUUGUCGUGGCGGAGAGCAUGGCACAGAGGGACAAGUGGGCGAAGGCCAUCAUGGCCCGAUCGGGAAUCGAAGAACCCACCAAGCUAAGAGCGGUUUCGACCUUUUCGGCGGAGGAUCCCUCCCUCUUGACGAAACCCGCGGAACUCCUCCAGCAAAGCAUGAAGAAGAGGGCRUCGCUGGCGGACAACGGCUCCGACAUGAACCCCAGCAGGAGGUCGAUGAAAGAAGUCGGCAAGCACAAAUCGACGAGAAAGGGAAAACGGAUGUCUCGCAGAGACAAGAACAACGGCAACGUCAGCGAAGACGUUACGAUCCAGGAAGUCUUGCAAGACUUUGGCAAGAAGAACUUCUCGGAAGAGGCCUGGAUCGACAACUAUUUCGAGACUUACAACGAAGUCGAUUCGGCCGACCGGUGCCGUCUCAUGGAAAAGCAGCAGGAGGCCAUCAAGCGUGGUUUGAAGGCGGCCGUGUUGGAACAAUACGAGUACUUUGUGGAGGCGUCCGGAGAAAUGACCAACAUGGGAAGGGAGGUGGUCGACCUGAAAACCCUGGUGGAAACACAGGUAGAGACCAUCAAGGAAAUGAAAGAGAUUGAUUUCUCGGGUGCCAUCUUGGAUCCGGCCGAAGACGAAAACGCCAGCGACGGUGGUGAUUUGUUCCAGGAGCGGAGGAAGGGUGCCCGCCGCAAAAAGGGAGGCCGGUACGGUGGCGACCACGAUUCGGACACGAGCAGCGUGUCCUCGGACGAAGACGAGGCGCUGCGAAACGUUCACAAUCUCUCGGCGACCUUUGGGAGGGUGCCGAUCCCGGAAAAGAUCACCAUCGASAUCCCCCCCCACCUGGACGACGUCGUGGAAGAGAUCUUGGCGUACGUCAAGGAGAGCCGGUACUCGGAGGGGACGGAUCUCUGGGCAAAAACGAAGCAGGAAGUCGCAGAGCUCAUGCAACUGGUAAGCAAAUGGGUCUUGGAACCCAAUGGAAAACUAUGCUAUGGUGGUUUGCAGGGAGCGCACCACAACUAAUUUUUUUCGUUUCGUUUGCAACCUGUUUUUGUCGUCUUCUGUGCUUUUGUGUCUGUCGUCUCCAUCGAUCGUYCRCGGCUGCCCGUCAGCACGAAAAACCAACGGACCAAAAGCUGACCAAGAAACAGUACAACCAAAUGCAGACCCUCACCGAGAAAUUGGGCGAAYUGUCGGAAAUGAUAAGCAACCGUGUYGUCGAAAACCUGCGCCGAAAGAACGAAGCACUGAAACAGGCAUCCAAGAGAGAGCGAGCCGAUGCAUCUGCCCACAUGGUGCCGUCCGUCUCGCCCUGCUGUCUAAACGACGAUUCCAUCUCUCUGCGGCUGCUCGUGAAACUCGGCAAGAGCCAAGAGGCAGCAACUGCGUACUCGGCACGGCGGUCUUUGUUGUUGCUGGAAAGGUAUGUGCAGCCCGGAUUCUGUUCUGUCGGCAGAGUAYUUCUGCGUGCGUGCAGUGGCAACUUCAGAUUGGCACCACGGACCGCARCCACCAGUGACUCGUUGUCUAAACCCUUUUUUUUUGUGUCGUGUCUUUGGUUGCAAACCGUUGCCUUGCUCGGAACCAGCAUUCACGAGCGUCCGCUCACGGGAACCGGCAACGUCGACUUGGUGAUUUACGCGGCGCAGCUCAGCCAGUCGUUCUUUUCCUGCCUGGCGGGUGCCAUCGAAGGCUUCCUCGAUCUCUUCUUGUCCUCGGCCCCGACGUCGGAGAAGUCCSCWCGGAGCGACGAAAUGAGCUUCGACGCGAAUUCCAUCAAUUCCAACGCACUGACCAUGAGAAACCUGCCGGCCGGAGCCCUGGCCUCGAUCGUGCUGUGGUGCGAUGGCGAGCUGGCGAAAUUUGCCGCCGCCUUUGGUGGAACCCGUGUCCUGGGAAACCUUGCUCUUUCCCCGCCGUCGAGGGAAACGGCGACCGCUCGGAGGGGCCCGCGCGUCCUCGGCCAGAACGGCAAGGGCACCGGCGACGGGCCCGGUGCGGGUGGAAACAAGGAUCGACAGAGCGCCAUCGAGGUGGCCGCCCAGUGCGUCGAACAGGCCUUUCAGUACGCGGCAGAGAACCUAGACGUCGUGGGACUGCCCCUCUCUCCCCGCCUUGCGGAGUCGCUGCGGAAACGAUUGAAAGGAUGCGAGGCGGAGGUCGCCAAGCUGCUGGACGAGCAAUGGCGACCCAUUGUGCUGGAAUGGAGUAUCUCUAGGAACGACGACCACAUUCCCAUGGACGAACGCUAGGCAACGAGUGCGCUGCCGCGGUUUCGCGAGUCGAAACGAAACGAAAGCUACCACGUUGCAACCGUGAAAUGCCUUCGAAGGUUUUACGCAUAGAUCACUGCCAAAUUCAAUUAUUCGCUCGUGGCACUUCCAUAAUGUUCAACAUUAUUCUAUUUUACAACAAUACCGUACGUACGGGUAGGUUGGAGUACAAAUCUGGAAACAAAAAUACUGCUAAUAC